GUCCAACACUGGUCCACUACUUUGAGUAAGAUUUGCAUUCAGGUAAAACAGAGCAUGAAUUUGAGUGCCCCAUUCAGCCUCGUACCACAGAACAGACUGCUCUUUCGGUGCGUUUUGCCAUUGUCAGGUGAAUUAAUGAUUUGCAUUCACUUUGAGUGUUCAUCAUACAUAAAGAUUACACUGUUGAUAUAUUUGUCAUGCUUUUCACAUCUGAACAUAAUAUCUGCAUUUUAUUCUAAUGAAUGAGAGAGGGAAGUUGUUAUUUUGCUAAUAGUGGCAGCUACUAGUCUAUUAUAGAUCCUCAAUUGAUGUCUUGUCAAUCAUUAUAAACUCACCUAUUCGGAGGUAUGCUGUAAACAUGAAAAUUAUGAUGAAACUAAAUUAUGCACAACUAACCUAUAUAAUUUGUCCAAGUGCCUAUAUUUUCAUUAUUUUAAAUGUAGUCAUAUGAAACCAUUAGCAAUGGAAUAUCGUUAGGAGGCACCCCCUUUACAUUUGGCCUGUCUGUCAACCCAUGUUAAGGCUGCACAUGACGUAACACCCACACUGCAAAGUGCAAUGGCGAAAUUUAACAAUAACAGCCAUCGCUUCUCGGUACCAUAUGUAUUAUGUCGUUAACAUUAAAGAAAACAGAACCAUUCUCCCGGAGAGUCACAACAUGCAACAUCUGUAAAUUUAACGCGCGCGGGGCUGCGACUAGGAGUAUUCUACUGUCUCUGCAAGCGAUGACAGUUUAAAACGCGGGUCUUAGGCGUACUGAGGGAAUCAUGGCCACGGAAGAACCAUCCCCUCCGUCGUCCAUGGAGAGCAACAAACCCGGCUUCCCCAAACAGAUCCUGGCCAACAAGCUGGAAGAUAAACACCUGUGUAACUGCUGUCAGAAGCUGCUGCGGAGGCCCUUCCAAGCCCAGUGUGGACACCGCUUCUGUUCCUACUGCUUCAAUAGGACUGUCAGAGAUGGACCUCAGAAAUGCAGUGCUUGUAUCAAAGAGGACAUUUUUGAAGAGCCCACGUCGAUUCUAAAACAAGGCUGUGCUUUUCCUGACAACGCAGCUCGACGAGAGGUCGAAAACCUCUCUGUUGUCUGCAUCAACGAAGGCUGUACCUGGAAAGGCAAUAUUAAAGAAUAUGAGUUGAGCCACGAGGGGAAGUGUGACUACAUGAUCAUCCCCUGCCCCUCCUGUAAAGAGCAGAUCCGCUUCAACGAACAGGAACGCCACAAUGAGCGAGAGUGCCCUGAGAGAACUCUCAACUGCAAGUUCUGCAAGGAACCAUUCCAUUUCAAAAACAUCAAGGCCCACGACGAGAUCUGCCCCAAGUACCCCAUGAUCUGUGAAGGCUGUGCCAAGAAGAAAAUACCCAGGGAGAAGUACGUGGACCACAUUAAGUUCUGCAGCAAAUUCAGAACUCCAUGCAGAUUCCAUGUUGUUGGGUGUGAUAUGUCAGUGGAGAAGGAGAGGAUCCAUGACCACGAGAGGGCCUGCGCCUAUGAGCACCUCAACUUGCUGCUGCACUACAUUAUGGGGAUGAAGGUGAGCAUGGAGGGCCUGCAGCCGCAAGGCCUGGAGCUGGCUGGACACAAGCUCCUGGAGCUCCACCAUUCCCUCAGGGAGCUGGAGGCACGCGUCUCCCAGCUCAGCACUAACUCCACCGGGCCUCCCGUGCAGGGGGCCACCAACUCUUCUUCCUCCCCGGGCCUCUCCGGGCCUCCCACCCUAGCUCUUCCCCUGCCUCCACCUCCCGCCCUGGCCCCCACCCUGACUGUGUCCACCUCCUUCACCCCCUUGCCCAGCUCGGUGGGGGCGGCCCUGGAGCUACAGCUCCACAGUGAGAAGACCAAGGUGGCGGAGCUGGGACGCAGGUGCACCGACCUGGAGGUGAAGGCGGGGAUGUUUGAGAAUGUGGUUUGUGUGUUGAACCGAGAGGUGGAGCGCUUUGCCACAACCAUGGAGGCCAGUAACAGACAGCAUCGCCUAGACCAGGAUAAGAUUGAGGUCCUGAGCAACAAGGUGCGGCAGCUGGAGAGGACGGUGGGUCUGAAAGACCUGACGGUAGCAGAGAUGGAAGGCAGGCUGAGGGAGAUAUCGGGCACCACAUUCGACGGCGUCUUCAUCUGGAGGAUCUCUGACUUUACCAAAAAAAGACAGGAUGCCAUUGCUGGCCGAGCUCCUGCCAUGUUCUCACCAGCCUUCUACACCAGUAAAUACGGCUAUAAGAUGUGUCUGCGGAUCUACCUGAACGGGGACGGGACAGGGCGUGGCAGCCACCUGUCUCUGUUCUUUGUGGUGAUGAGGGGACUGAGUGAUGCUCUGCUCAAAUGGCCCUUCAACCAGAAGGUGACUCUGAUGCUGCUGGACCAGAGUAACAGGGAGCACAUCAUCGAUGCCUUCCGGCCCGACGUCACUUCCUCCUCCUUCCAGAGGCCUGUAAGUGAGAUGAACAUCGCCAGCGGCUGCCCGCUCUUCUGCCCGCUCUCCAAGCUCGACGCCAAGAACUCCUACAUCCGCGACGACACCAUUUUCAUUAAGGCCAUCGUGGAUCUCACAGGCCUCUAGGAUGCACCCUUUGAAGUGGAAGUGCAAGACAACCGAGCAGCAAUGUGGCCAUUCAGGCUUAAUUUUGGCUGCUUUUGAGCACCAUUUCGGCUCCAUUUUGGUUCCGUUCGGGCCUAUUUCAGUCCCCUUCAUUAGUAGGGAGACUGACAUGCUUGCUACCGUGUGCUGCACGUGGCUCCAGUUUGCCCAGCACAGGAGGCCCUUGCACUGUUGUAGCUCUACCAUCUCUUAAUGCCACAAUACUGGUUCCUCAUGGUGCUUGAACCCCAGUUGGUGUGUAGCUUUAUUAUUUGUUUCCAUGGAAAUAACUCCAGAAUAUAGUCUCAAUAUUUAGUAGGACAGAACCUGUGGUAUUUAAAUGGGGAUAUGUGGCAAUUGAAUUGAUUUGGAGGGCAUCUUUUUCUCUUUGUUUUUCAUAAGACUUCAUUAGGUCUCAGAGAGAGUGAAUUGUAGCCGUUAGAGAAUAGCAAAAAGAGGGAUAUGAACCUUUUCCUUGUCAGUGUAGAAAACUGCCCCACUGCUUAUCGCAGAAGUAGAGCUUAUCGUGGCUUGGUGCAGCAGGGUAUUCACUUUAUCUCUUGUUUCCGAUCUCAACCGAGUCAUUUUGAUUGUGGAUAUCGUGAGCUUCUCAAUGCCAUUGUUGAGUACAUUUGCAUAGACAAACGUGGAGUUAUGUUAUGAAUAAGAAUAUGGGCAUUUGUUUGCCUUUUUGCGCAAAUUGCAUGCGGGCUAUCUUUUAUUGGCCUUGGUGUUGAAGUGCUCGCUCUUUUCAUUGGGCUGCUGAAGGGAUCCUUCCUUGUUCGUUAUUACACCUGUGAGUGAGUUAAACCAUCUGUGAUGGUGGACAUUGCCUGCAUGUCUUGGAUCCAGGCAUAUACUUUUACAUAUACUUGUUGGUGUUGCGUUUCUUGUUCCUCUUUAGGGGUUGAGGCUUAUGGGAUUGGUGGUUCGGUACAUCUGUGGAAGAUACAGUGGAGUUAUCAGGGUGUUAUAAGGCAGCUUGCCAAUCAAAGCCUGAGGCAUACAAGUGUAUUUCUAUCACUGGUAAAUACAUCAAGCUGGAAGAGCUUUCCCCUCCAGGAUAUGCUCAUUACAGUAGCUCAUAUAUCAACACAUAGUACUGUGCCCCACCACAGAUGUUAAUACAGGUUCCAUGAACUGAAGGAAUGGUGUGUUCCUUGUUUUCUGUUCAUAUUACAGUGUGGUACAUUUGUAUGUAGUUUUGCUGCUAUGUCAGAUAUGUUGGUGAUGUAAAACAAAUGUGUUGCGAUCAAUGCGAAAUUUAGCACAGACAGUUGAAGGUGUAAAGUGGAAGGAUAAAGAGAGAUGUAACCACAAAGUGAAAACAAGUGAAUGUGAUGGUAUACUUUGCCAUUGGACCAUAGUGGUUGAUCAUCGUUAAUUGAUGUUUGAUGUAACUCUAGAUAAAUCCAAUUAACCUGUGGGUGACAGUGAAACCUCUUAGCCUAGGUGGUAGUAUUAUGAUUCAUGAAGCCCCACAAAUGACAUUGACCAAAAUGCUAAAUCUGAGGAAAUUCUUUAGAUCUGAAAUAUAUCUGUAGGUUGUAUGCUUGUCCAUUAGGGGGUGCUGUUUUACUUGGUAUGCCUGUGUGCGUCCCCAAUAGUCUUCCCCCUCUGGACUUGUGUAGGGGUUUUCACCUGCCUGUUUUGAAACCAGUCUUGACCUGUUUUGAAACCUCUCUGUGCAUGGGAGGGUUCAAUUCAUAUUCAGUAUCGCAGUUCGUGGUUGGCUUACCUCGUAGACCAAUGGCGAAUGCAUUUAUUUGCAUUUAUUUGGAGGAGUAUAAAUAAAGAUGUUAGAGUUAUUAUUAUGCCAUAUCUCGCACAGCUUCUGUUCAACACAAGCAGAUGCCUAUAUAUAUAUAUAUAUAUAUAUAUAUAUAUUCAUAAGAAUUUAUAAAUAUAAUAUCAUAAUGUUGAACAAUUCAAUAUAUUGAUGUUACUAUACCCAUAUUGUUAUUAAUAAAUAUAGUAUAGUAUAUUAUUAAUUAUAUAAAUAAUACCUACUUUUUGUUUGUCGAGGUGGUUUAAGACAAGUCUGGAAAACCCCUUAAAGUAACCCAAAUACAUAAAAUGCUGUGCCACAUAAUACCAACCAUGGCACCCCAUUCUCCUGGGUUAACUGAGGGUUAAAAACCAAAAUAUGAAGUGGUUGUGUUUACAUUCCCCAAAAUGACCCUUUAAAGGUUCCCACAGUAAUUCUGUGUCAUAUAACUGUGCUUCUCAACCUUUUCUGUACCACUGGGGCCGAAAAACAAUGGUCCCUCUUGUACCAAGAACCGUCAAGUUGCUAUGGUCCUUCCUCCUCGAAGGACUCCUUAGGCCUAUAUCAAAACAGCACUUGAGAUCUGGCUACAUUAUUGUCAGCUAACCAUCUGAUGGACCAGUCAGCAGCAUCCCUGGGACUGGGGCCAAUCCACAGGCCAGAGGUUGAGGACCACUGAUUUUUUUGUCUUCUGAGAAAGGGUGCGUUGGUUGUUAUUAUAGGUAGUAUUUGCGCUCUGAACAUCAUAUUUGUGCAGUCAGUGAAUAUGGUGUUUGGUCCUUUGAUGGUUAUAGACGGGGUUUGGUUCUGCAGGAGUUGAUUCUGACUAUGUUCAUUAUAGGGCAGAGGUAGCUUUUUUAGCAUCAAACUGGAGAAGUUGUUCAGUCAGUUUACAGCCCUCAACGAAAAGGAAUUCAUAUAUAUUCUUUCCUUUCCAUAAAUACUUAUUCUUGUGUUGUGCCAGAAUGUUAUAUUACCUCCAAAUUAUUGCAAAAGCUGUGUUAUACAUUGUACUUGUAUUCUAUGCUAAAAAAUGGUGCCAAAUAUGCUUAGAGAAAUAGAUAUUAUGUACAUAUGAAGGUUUAUGGUUUGUAUUUUUGUUUCAUUCCAAUGUAAUGCAUGGGUCACUUUUGGAACCACCUAGACUGAUGGAGUACUUUCAGCAAAAUAUCUCCUCAUAAUCCAAUAAUAUACCUUUCUUUAGGUCUCUGAAUGUAAAGCUUUAAUGCAGUGGUCCUUUACUCUUUCUGGGAGAGAAAACCAGUUCUGUUUUAACAGUUGUUGAUACAGUUGAAUUUAAUGAACUUUAAUUGUGCACUUUGUAUUAUUUAAAUGUUAAACAGGGUACUACUUUGUUCUGUGAUUUGUAUACUGUGAAGUCAGAGCUAUAUACAUUCUGAUUUGUUGAUCAUGUAUGUUCUCUAUACGCUGUAAAGGCUGUAACAGGACAUGUAGUAUGCAAUAAAUUUGUCAUUGGAUUCCUGGG